UUUGCACCGCUCCGUUGCGCCCCCUCUCCUUCCUCUCUCUAGCGGCGGAGUUACAUUGUCGGCGGCAGAGGAAACCGGCGACAGUGGAAUCUCGAAGCUAACAAGCUCGCUGCGUUCGAUUCUUAAGCAUCUUUCACCGAUACAUUCAUUUCUCCUGUUUUUUGGAUAGGAUCGGGACUUAAUCUUUUCUCACCCCGGAUCCGGUGAUUUGGGGUGCUAAUUGAUGUUUAUCGAGUAUCCGUUUUAUCGAUUCAGGUUAUUUUUAUUGAUUUGGUAUCAGAUUUGUAAACGGGAUUAGAGUUAAAGGUGCUUACUUUCGGAUUUGCGUAGUGAUCGUUUAUGGAACGGGGUGGUGGGUCGGGUGAGCGGUCACGGAUUGUUGCGAAGACUCCCCGGAGCUCUUCGAGUUGCUUGAGAUCAAAGGAAAAGAGCGAUGGGCUUGGCUGGACUGUAUCUUCUAGUGGAACGAGGCGGAAUUUUCAGAAGAAGAGAUCCAAAGUAGUUGUUAGUGAUUCUGAAUCAAGUGAUGAGUUUAUGAAACCUCCACCUAAAAGCGUUGACCGCAAAACCCUUGGAUCUAAAGGUAGCUCGAAAGAGAGCUUUGCUCGGAAGAAGGAUGGGGCUGAGCAUGGUGGAAAUGGGUUUGUGAGGAAGAACAAAGAGGCAUCAGGCAGUUUGUUGAAGAUGAACAAGUUAGAUGUUUAUGAGUUUGACGAAUACGAUGGGUUUGAUAGUCCAAAUUUGAUGAGGAAACGUUUUGAUAAUGGUAGUGUUGGUGUUAGCGGAAGAAGCUCUUUUGCACCCAGAAGAGUUGUUAGGGAAGGGUCUGGAUCAGGCAGGGAUGGUGUAUUUGUUAGGAGAAAAAAACCGUGCGUAAAUGGCGCAAGUAGUAUGAGUUCACAGGAGAAGUUGAUUAGUGAAUCUGAUUCUGAUGAACCAAUAAGGGUGCAAGGGAGAAACGGUGUUCUGAAGGUGAAGGUAAACAAUACCAAAUCAAACUUUAAGAAAUCAAAUAAUAUAGACAUUGAUUCAGAGUCAGAAGAGAGCGACGUGUCGAGGAAAUCGAAAAGGAGGAGACCGGUAUGCCAGAAAUCCAAGAAGGAAAUCAAUAUCAAAUCGAAACCAACCUGUUCUGAACCGAUGAAACCUGAUGUGAGGGAAGAAAGAAGAGGACGGCGUGGUGGUGGAACAGAGAAGCAAAGAUUACGUGAGCGAAUUAAGGGAAUGCUUACUGAUGCAGGAUGGACGAUAGACUAUAGACCUAGGAGGAAUCAAAGUUACCUGGAUGCUGUAUAUGUAAACCCCUCAGGAACAGCAUAUUGGUCAAUAAUAAAAGCGUAUGAUGCACUUCUGAAGCAGUUAAAGGACGAAGAAAUUGAUGCUAUUUCUAGGAAGGAUUCUGCUGCAGUUGCCUUAGUAUCAGAGGAUAUUGUGAAUAAUUUAGCAAGGAAGGUGAAGAAGACACGGGCUGAGAUGUUCAAGAAAUGGAAAAAGGAUUCCAGUUGUAGCGAGGAUGAAUUGGAAAGUAAUGGAGAUGAAGGAGUGGACAGUGAUACCCGUGAAGAGAGGAUGGGUUCAUUCGUAAAGCUGACUGGGAAAUCGAAAAAAAGAGCGCGAGAUGAAUUACACUCGAAAAGUAAAAGAUUGCCGUACUACAAUGAUGCAAGGCCAUCCUCUGGGUCAGAUUCACAUUACUUACAUGGAAGAAAAAGCAAAAAAAUUGUAAGAUGUACUUUGAAGGUGCGUAGUUCUGAGGAUAAAAAGAACCCAGCGAUCGACGGGUUCAAUCCAUACUCUGGAAAAAGGACAUUGCUCUCUUGGUUGAUUGAAUGUGGAGUUGUCCAACCAAGAGAAAAAGUGCAAUACAUGAACCAUCAAUGUACAAAGGUGAUGCUGGAGGGAUGGAUAACAAGAGCGGGGAUUCAUUGUGUUUGCUGCAGUAAAAUCCUCACACUUUCCAGGUUUGAGAUCCAUGCUGGGAGCAAGUCAUGUCAGCCUUUCCAAAAUAUUUACUUGGAAUCUGGCAGCUCUCUUCUUCAUUGCCAAAUCAGAGCGUGGAACAUGCAAAAAGAUGCUGAGAAUCUUGGUUUCCAUCACGUGGACACUGAUGGUGAUGAUCCAAAUGAUGAUACCUGUGGUAUUUGUGGCGAUGGUGGAGAUUUGAUUUGCUGUGAUGGUUGCCCAUCAACAUACCAUCAAACCUGCCUAGGUAUGGAGGUGCUUCCUCUGGGUGAUUGGCACUGUCCAAAUUGCACAUGCAAGUUUUGUGAUGCUGCCGUGGAUUCUAGUGGCGAGGAAGAAAAUCAGUUAUCAUUACUUUCAUGCAACAUGUGUGAGAGAAGAUAUCACCAAUCAUGCAUGAGUAAGCUGGAAGCUCAGAGUGUUCAAUCUUUUGGUUCAGCUUCUUUGUUUUGUGGGCCCAAGUGUGUAGAGCUCUUCAAAAAGUUACAGAAGUAUCUUGGUGUCAAAAAUGAAAUCGAAGGCGGCUACUCAUGGUCUCUUAUACAUAGGGUGGAUACUGAUUCAAAUUCAAACGCUCAGUUGUCGGCACAAAGGAUUGAAAAUAAUUCAAAGCUAGCCGUCGGUCUGUCUAUCAUGGAUGAAUGUUUUUUGCCCAUAAUUGACAGAAGAAGUGGGAUAAAUCUAAUUCGCAAUGUGCUUUACAAUUGCGGAUCCAAUUUCAACCGGAUAAAUUACACUGGCUUCUACACUGCUAUCCUAGAGAGAGGAGAUGAAAUUAUAUCCGCGGCAUCUCUCAGGUUCCAUGGAAUGCAACUGGCGGAGAUGCCAUUUAUCGGAACGAGGCAUAUAUAUAGGCGUCAAGGAAUGUGUCGUCGGCUUUUUGAUGCAAUUGAAUCGGCCAUGCGUUCCCUCAAGGUUGAGAAAUUGGUAAUCCCUGCAAUUCCAGACUUCUUGCAUGCGUGGACUGGUAAUUUUGGAUUCAGUCCUCUUGAUGAUUCAGUAAGGAAAGAGAUGAGGUCCCUCAACACAUUGGUGUUCCCUGGAAUAGACAUGUUACAGAAACCACUGCUCCCUCAAGAAAACGUCAUAGCCGCUGCAGCUUCAGGUGACUAUGUUGUCGUACAUAAGGAUGCCAUGAAUUCGGAGAUAGACACAGAAAAUAAAUUAUUAUUUGCGUCUUCUGCCCAAACACUCUCGCCUAUGGGUCUUUGUUAAUAUAUAUUUUUUUCUGAUAUAUUUUGAAAUUGAAAUUUAGUUAUAUUGAUAAAUUUAUUCCAAACUAUUAGACAUAAAUCCAAUAAAACAUAUUUAAAAUACCCCUUGUUU